GUUUUUGCAUUGAUCCAUGUACACACCGUGUUCGGUGUGGGGAAGCUAGGUGAGUACUAAUCUAGUAACCACAGGGAUUUGCUUGCUGCUAUUCCCCCAUGGUUGUUGUUCAGGACCCUUGAUAGUGCCUUCUUUUAAGAUUAGCUUAUUAACACAUUCAGCUUAUUAUAGUUGUGAGAACUUAUUUUUGGCGCUUUGUUUCAUUACACAUUACAGUGCCAGCAAUUAGGGGAAAGGAUUAUGGCAAGACAAAAAUGCGGUACACAGAUUACACUGAAACAGAGUCGGGUCUCCAGUAUAAGAGUGCAGGACUUGCGACAAGGAAGUGGGCCUACGCCAAAGAUUGGAGAGACAGUAGUGGUUGAUUGGGAUGGUUACACCAUAGGAUACUAUGGCCGCAUAUUUGAAGCUCGAAACAAGACAAAGGGUGGUUCCUUUGAGGGGGAUGACAAGGACUUUUACAAAUUUAGAAUAGGAUAUCAACAGGUGAUACCAGCUUUUGAGGAAGCUAUUUCAGGCAUGGCUCUUGGUGGCAUUAGAAGGAUCAUAGUGCCUCCAGAACUGGGUUACCCUGAUAAUGACUACAACAAGAUGGGGCCAAGACCAACAACAUUUUCAGGCCAGAGGGCCUUGGAUUUUGUGCUGCGAAACCAAGGAUUGAUAGACAAAACUCUUUUGUUUGACAUUGAGCUCAUAAAGAUCAUACCAAACUGAUUGCCUGUCAAUUUCAACUUGCAUUAGUGGGAAUCACCAUCUAAAGCUGAGGAGCUCUUUUACUAUGCAACAAUAAAAUCUCGUCUGAUCAGAAGUUUUAGCUUUGUCUUUCGAUUUUUCAGUUCGAAUUUCAUCCAGGGAGCAGGAAGAUCACAAAUAUGGAGGGUUCCAUUUUCUAAGUGUUAAACAUUUAUAUUAACCUAGACAGAUUCUGCAUGUGGUUUUCUCCAUCUCCCCACCACACACGCAGACACAUUAUUUAUGAACUGAAGCAUGGAUAGAUGCAAAUUGCAAUUUUUUUUUUACGUAGACUGGUAUGUACUACCUCACUUCUUUUCCCUAUUUGUUUUCUGCUUUUUUAGUGGGUAAGUGGUUAGUUUUGUACAAAAUAUAUAGAUAUGUAUACAUAUUACAAUGAUGCUUAAAACACGAUCCCAAGAGUUAACA